AUGUCACCACCAGCUGGAGAGAUACGGUCCUACAAAGGGGAGGAUGAAAAACCUAUCCGCUUUAUGAUCACAAAGGCCAGGAUGGAAGGUUUAGCGACCGCCAACAAGAAGGCUACUCUACAUCCGUUGACUCUCGGUGUUUGGCUUGCUCUAGUCGCUCUACUUGUGCAGUACAUGAACCGGUGGCCAAAACCUGGAGACGGAAUACUUGCUUUCGUGAGCGCAUUGCCUAUCUUUGCAUGUACGAUUGUACCCAUCAUAGCUCUGAUUGAUUGGCUCAAUAGACCUUACUUCGAAGAAGCUGCCCAAGAAAUCCUUCGAGGACCCGAUAUUCCAGACAUGCUGGAUUACUACGCUCGGUCUCCCGCUUCAGCCGCGUGGGUCCUGGAAUUCAACGGUCAAAUUGUUGGCGUUGUUGCCGUGGACGCGUCUAUGGACUCUGAAAUCCUUGAAAAUCUUUCUUCCGCUCGCCGCAACGCGAAAGGAACCUCCAAGACCGCUGUCAUUCGACAUUUCUAUGUUGAAGAACCUUACCGGAAAGUAGACAUUCAGAGGGAUUUACUUCAGCACGCCCUUCGCCAUACCUUUACACCGGAUUCUAAAGUACAAGAGAUAAAAACUACGUGUUCGUCUCUCACCGGUUACAUACAGCGUUGUUUAAAAGACGAGGGAUUCACUUUGGAAAGUACCGGAAAGAGUCUUGGUGUAUACAAAUGGAAAACAGGGAUAUGGAGAUUAGGAAGAGAUCGUUUUGGAAGGAAAUAG